AAAGGGAAGUCUGAGGAUGGGGACCAGGCAUCUGGAGCAUGGACCACCUCUGCAUCCAUAUUCCUCCACUGCCAAAGGCCUUUGAGCUUCUGCUCUGCAUGGUUAUAGGUGAGCUGGACAUGAUUUCCACGAGGGUGAUGGACAUUAAGCUUCGAGAAGCUGCAGAAGGCCUUGGGGAGGACAGCACAGGAAAGAAAAAAUCCAAAUUCAAAACAUUUAAGAAGUUCUUCGGGAAAAAGAAGAGAAAGGAAUCCUCUCCUUCCACAGGAAGUAGCACCUGGAAACAAAGUCAAGCAAAGAGUGAGGUCAUUGCCAUCGAGUCAGGGCCAAUGGGCUAUGACUCAGAGGAUGAGCUCGAGGAGUCGAGGGGUGCACUGGGCAGCCGGGCCCUCUCACAUGACAGCAUUUUCAUUCCGGAGUCAGGACAGGACCCUGCUCGGCCUGUGCGGGUGUUUUCCCAAGAAAAUGUGUGUGACCGGAUUAAAGCUCUGCAGUUAAAAAUACAGUGUAAUGUGAAAAUGGGGCCACCACCUCCUCCAGGGAGCCUUCCUGUCAAACGAGGAGAUGACGCUGGUAUGAGUUCUGAGGACGAUGGGCUGCCCAGGAGCCCCCCAGAGAUGUCCUUGCUGCAUGACAUUGGUUCCAGCACAACCAUAAAGGUCUCUCUAGUUUCCUCACUCCGGCCGCUGUCUCCAGACCAUUUGAGCGAUGCCACUGUCUCCCCCCGGACCUCGGACAGCAGCCUGGCGCCUGUGGCUGACUUCGACUAUCCCCCAGAAUUUUCCUCCUGCCUGGACAACUCUGCGGCUAAGCACAAGCUACUGGUUAAGCCCCGCAACCAGCGGUCAAGCAAAAUGAGGCGGCUGUCUUCGCGGGCACAGUCCGAAUCCCUGAGUGAUCUGACCUGCACUCCAGAGGAGGAGGAAUGUGAUGGGAGGCACUUACCCAAGGUCGGCGCAGAAGAGAACCCGAGUUCUGGACAGCAGGAUAUGGUACCUGACAGGGGCCCCAUGCCAGAAGGACCAGCCACCACUCUGCAAUCUGGGGGGCCCCGUGCCAGACGGGCACGCUUGCAGCACUGCCCGGCACUCAGUGCCAGCACUGAAGAGGAGAGUCCCCCUGGGGACAACCCCCCCAGCCUCCCAGCCACCCCAGAGGUCACUGAGCCUAUGUUCAUCCCAGCCCCCUGUGCAGAGGGCCCCUGUCUGCCAGAGGACUCCCCACAGCCUAAUCCUGACAGCGAGAACCAGAGUGAGGCCCUGCCUCUUGCAAGCACAUGUCCGCCAGUCGAGGACACAGCUGAUGAGGUGUUUUGUGCUUCUGGAGACGCUGACAGUGGAUUAUCUCCCCACGUCCCUGAGAUGGACAUGACACCUCCUGAGACCAACCCUGCCACCACCUUGGAGACUCCCUCAGGUCUAGACCCGCCACAGCAAAGUGUGCAGGAGGAGGGAGAGCCGACGCUGGAGGCGCCCGGGACAGAGGGAGCAGGGACAGAGCCUUCCGAGGCCCCCGCGGCAAGCCCCCCAGUCCCCAAGAGCUGCCUGAAGUCUAAGGCCCCGGUGGCCGGCACGCGCCUCCCCGCGCCCCCGACGCCGCCCACGGAGGAGCCCGCGCCCUGUGUCCCGGACGAAGGGGCUGCGUCCCGGGGGCGCCCCGAGGCCGAGCCCCAGCACGCGGGCCCGGCGAGCGGCGCAGUGGAGCGAGGCGGCGGCGGUGGCGAGCAGCGGGGCGCGCGGUUCUCUGUGUCGUCGGGCCGGGCGUGGCCGCGCGCAGGCGGCCCCCUCCAGCUGCAGCGCCCCCGGGCUGGCGGCUCCGGCCCUGCGCGGCUGCCCCUCGGGAGGAGCGGCCCGACCUGGCGCAGCGAGGCGGCGCUCGACGACCUGCAGGCUCCGGCCGAGCCCGACGACGGGGAGCCGGGCCCGCAGAAGCCGCCCUCCCCCUCCGAGCGCGGCCCCCAGGACUCGGGGCCCAGGGCGGCGGCGCCGGCCAGGGGCCCCCGCGUUGCGGCCGCCGGAGACCCCUGCCCGGCCGCGCGCGGGCCGCCCGCGGGUGAGGCCCGAAGCCCCUUCCCCGUCAAGCUGCGGGCCACGUCGCUGUCCUUCAAACACAGGGACGCGCCCAGCGCGGACGUCAGAGGAGUGAAGCGCCUCAGUGCGGAGGUCAGGUUAGAAAAAGGAGGGCUGACUUUGCUCCCGAGGGACGACAAGUGUCAGGCGGGGAAGGCCCCCGGCCCGCGAGGCGCCCGGGCGCCGAGCGACCACGGCAAGGCGAAGGCCCGGCCGUCGGAGCAGCCCGGCGCCAAGCCGCCCCUGCCCAGAAAGCCGCUCCUGCAGCCCCUCACCCUGCCGCCCGCCCCCGCCGCCCCCGAGGCCGGCCCGCGGGAGCCCGGGAAGGCCAGCAGGACGGCGGAGAGGAGGUCGCCGCACAGGGGAGCUGAGAAGGGUCUGCCCCCAGCUGCAACAGGGCCAGGAGCCGACGGCCAGCCAGAGCUGCCCUGGAUCACCAUCGCACGGCAGAAGCGGCAAGGGGCCCCAGACCAACCACCCAACCAGGAGGAUAAUCCUGGGGCCCAGACACUGAAGUCUGAAACAGGAAAGCAAGUCAAGGCUCCCGAGAGAGUGCAGGAGACCGUGAGGCAAGCUGACUUUGUCCGCAGCAAGUCAUUCCUGAUAGCCCCUGCUAAGCCCUCGGUGGACCGGAGGCAAGGGACGAAGCUCCGCCUCCAGGAAGGGCUGCAAAGAGGGAUCUCGUUGUCCCAUCAGAACCUGGCUCAGUCUGCAGUAAUGACAGAGAAAGAAUUGCAUCAGCUCAAGAGAGCCAGUUAUGCCAGUGCUGAUCAGCCAUCCUGGAUGGAACUUGCCAGAAAGAAAUCUCAAGCUUGGAGUGACAUGCCCCAAAUUAUAAAAUAGGUUGACCAUGUGCUGACAAAGAAUGUCUACUACCUUGAAGGGGCACUUAGUUAAAACCUGUCACUAAAUCCAGGCAAACAAACUAUGAAACUUAGGAGUGAUUUUAUCCUCAAGUUAUGGGAGAGUGAGCUUGGGGAAGAGGAAGGAACCUGCAAGACAGACACACAGCCAUAAUCCUGCACCAGAGGUGCCCGAAAACAUGGGUGCCAUUGAAAGGGGCUGGGAGCAAGGCCCUGUGCCCACAGGUGUGGAUGUGAGUCUCUCAGAAUUCCCUUGAUAAAGAGGGCUCGGACAAGGAAAAUGGAAGUGAAAAAUGGAUGCCUAACCAAGACGCACCUGCAAAGCCGGAGGAGAAGGCACCCCAGGAGAACGCGGGUCUGUGUUUCCACUUGGCAUCGCCUUUGUCUCUGGUCGUUGUCUUGCCCGUGGACCCCGUCUUCUUUCAUGUUUACUAUUAGGCAUGACAUUUAUGGUAAAACAGAGAUGCCGUUUCCAAGAGCAGUUGUAAACCAAUCAGUUUUCCAGAAUAUAGCCACUCUAAGAAGGGGCCAAAGGAACAUAGCAGAGUUCAUCAAUUCAUAGACUGUUUCCAAAAAUAAUUUUUAAGCUUUUCCACUGGGCAUCUGUGUUCUUAGCCAUUGCACAAUGCAUUGCCUGUUCAAUAAAGGGUUUCCAACAUGCUCCUGUCAUAUGUGUCAGUGUUAUUUCUACUCACACUUAGAGAAUGUCCUCCAGUGCUGAGUUAAAUGCUAUGUGUGGAGUUUUUGCUUAACAGAUAUA